GGUCUCUAGGCGCCGGCCGCGUCCUGCCCGCUCCCCGCGCUACACGAGAUCCCCCACGCGCCCGCUGCCCCGUUCCCGCCGGCAGCGCCAGGCGCCGCUCCGCUCGACGGAGACAUGAGCGUCCCGCCGGCCCCCGAGGCCGGCAACUGGCGCUGGGGUCCCCUGCUCCUCGCUCUCUUCCUGGCCGCGUCCCGAGGUCUGGUGGCAGCCUUCAAGAUUGCUACACCGUAUUCCCUGUACGUGUGUCCUGAGGGGCAGAACGUCACCCUCACCUGCAAGCUCCUGGGCCCUGUGGCCAAAGGGCAUGACGUCACCUUCUACAAGACGUGGUACCGCAGCUUGCGGGGUGAGGUGCAGGCCUGCUCGGUGCGCCAGCCCAUCCGCAACCUCACGUUCCAGGACCUUCACCUGCACCAUGGAGGCCAUCAGACUGCCAACAGCAGCCAGGACCUGGCCCGCCGCCAUGGGCUAGAGUCGGCCUCUGACCACCACGGCAACUUCUCCAUCACCAUGCGCAACCUGAGCCUGCUGGAUGGCGGCCUCUACUGCUGCCUGGUGGUGGAGAUCAGGCAGCACCACUCAGAGCACAGGGUCCACGGUGCCAUGGAGUUGCAAGUGCAGACAGGCAAAGAUGCACCAUCCAAAUGCAUCGCGUACCCAUCCUCCCCCCAGGAGAGUGAAAACAUCACAGCUGCAGCCCUGGCUACAGGAGCCUGCAUCGUGGGAAUCCUCUGCCUUCCCCUCAUCCUGCUCCUGGUCUACAAGCAAAGGCAGGCGGUCUCCAAUCGCCGUGCCCAGGAGCUGGUGCGGAUGGACAGCAACACUCAAGGGAUCGAAAAUCCUGGCUUUGAGGCCUCUCCACCAUCUUCCCAAGGGAUGCCCGAGGCCAAGCCCAGGCCCCCACUGUCCUACAUGGCCCAGCGGCAGCCAUCUGAGUCUGGGCGGCACCUACUUUCUGAGCCCAGCACUCCCCUUUCUCCUCCAGGCCCCGGGGAAGUCUUCUUCCCAUCCUUGGAGCCUGUCCCUGACUCCCCAAGCUUUGAGGUCAUCUAGACAAGCUAGGGGAUAGUGAGCAGUUGUGGCUGGGUCUGGGGCAGGAGCCAGACCUGGCCCUAUGAGUGUCCUCCUGGGCCUUGGCCCUGGCUCCCUCCCUCCUACUGAGUCCAGACUCUGUGACAGUCCUGAUACCCAGACCCUCACCCACUCUGGAUGCUACAAGGGAGAAGAUGCUGGAUGGUCAGCCCUUGUCCCAAGGACGUUGGGGUGCUGGGACCCCGCCCCCAGAGACCCGAAAUCCACCAGCUACAGAUGCCAAAUGAUAUAUUUUCUAAGAAGUUCCAGAAUUUCCAGCUCUGCAGUAGCCUUUCUCCCUAAGACAUGAGCCUCGGGACCUGGCAGCUUCAGUAGGACUAGAGGGACAUCUGCCUGGUGCCAUCCUCCUAGACCCGAGGCACAGGGCAGAUGUGGAGGGACUAUUCCACCCUGUCGUGGCCUGGAUCCCCCAUGUUGUCCAAGGCUGCUCCUCUGCCAGACCUACUCUUUGUAGGGGGCCCAGGGAUUGUGUCUGCCUGCCCAGGCCGGCUUGCUUGCCCGCAGCCAUUGGAGCCAUCCCUGGUGUCCUCCUCUGAGGAUUGUCUCUGAGGAUCUAUCAAUAGGUUAAGCCAAUCUGGGACUCCCACUGCCUGCAUUCUGGUCCCCAGAAUUCAGUGGCCAAAGGCCCUGAAAUGGGAAGUACAUAUUUGGGUACAGUGGCCAUUGUGAGCCAACUGGUGUCUUGCACAAUCUAAGGCCAGGCCAGAGGUUGCACCACUGACCACAAAGAGUGGUGAGGGCAGGCGGGUGGGGCCUGCUGGGAAGGUGAGUGAGGGAUUCCUCCCCCAUCCUCCCCAUCUCUGACUCGCACUGCUCAGUGUGGGUCACAAUAAGGGUGCCACAUAAUGUCUUGUCCGCAUUGGGACACUUUUGAGUGUGAAGGGGGGUGCCAUUAAAAACUACAUGAGACAA